UGUCUUCUCCAACAUCCCGGCUCCGUUUUCUCUCUACAUCCAUAUACCAAACGGGGCAAGCGGCCGACCAGAGAUCGAUGGAGUCCGUGCCGUCGUCAUCGCUGCUGCCGCGCGUGUGCGUGACCGGAGGCGGCGGGUUCAUCGCCUCGUGGCUCGUGAAGCUGCUCCUCUCCCGCGGCUACGCCGUGCACGCCACCGUCCGCGACCCAUGUGAUCCGAAGAACGCGUUCCUGAAGCAGCUGGACGGGGCUCCGGAGAACCUGCGCCUGUUCAAGGCUAACAUGCUCGACUACGACACGCUGACGGCCCCGUUCGCCGGGUGCGAAGGCGUCUUCCAUGUCGCCUCUCCGGUGCCCGAAGGCAAACUGGUUGAUCCAGAGAAAGAGAUGAUGACUCCAGCUAUAGAAGGCACCAGGAAUGUACUCAAGGCUUGCUCGGCUAUGAACGUCAAGAAAUUCAUUCAGGUGUCAUCUGUCGUCGCUGCUGUUUAUAACCCAGGCUGGCCUCAAGGUAAAGUAAGAGAUGAGAGCAGCUGGUCAGACAAAGAGUUCUGCAUGGAGAAUGAGAUCUGGUAUGCUCUUGCAAAGACCGAAGCAGAAGAGAUAGCCUUGGAAUACGGAAAGAAGAACGGAUUGCAAGUCAUCAGCCUUUGCCCUGGUGUUGUUUUUGGCCCACUCUUGCAGCACAUGGUGCUGAAUACUACCAGCAAGGUCCUUGUGUACAUCAUAAAAGGAGGUCCUGACACGAUGACCAACAAAUCAUGGCCCAUUGUUGAUGUUCGUGAUGUUGCUGAUGCGCUACUCCUGUUAUACAACAAGGCAGGGUCAUCUGAGAGAUACCUAUGCUCAUUAGACCUACUUGACAUGAAGGAUUUGCUUGAAAUCCUAAAGAACAUGUACCCUAAUUACAGUUAUGCAGACAAGAUCGUUGACGCGGAUUAUAGGAUUGAAAUGACCUCACAUAGGCUGAAGAAUCUAGGGUGGAAACCAAGGAAGCUGGAGGAGACACUUGCUGACAGCGUAGAAUCCUACGAAGAGGCAGGCUUCCUUCAGGUUUCGGAACCUUGCCGGCUUCCAUUCUUGUUCCUCGUGCCGACUGUCCAGGAAUAAACCAGGCAACACAGUUUCUACAUUCUGAUUGCAAAUAAGGACAGCACCAUAUGUUCCUUCUCCUGGGGUCCUGGCUCAUCUAUUCAGUUUAUCAUGAGCGUAGAUGUAAAUUAUAUUAUUUGUUGUAUGAUUCUUUUUGCUAAAUCCAUAAUUCUGUAUAUAUGUAAUGUGUUUCCACUUUCCACUUUUAUUUCCCAGUCAGUUACUCUCACUAGUGACAAACCGACCCUUCAUGCGUGGCAAUAUAUUCUAUCGGUUAAUAACAACAUAUCAGUCUCUCUCUAACUUUUG